AUGUUCCACUUGAGUAAAUACGGUAAUGCUGUGCUGGGCAAAUUUCUCUGGAACACUAUGCUUGAGCCCGUUGGCAAGAAAACAACGAAAGCGGAUUUGGGCGACGACUCAGCCCCUUUAAAAUGUCCCACGAAGGAAUCUCCUUUCAUACAAACUCUGGGUAAUCGAUCGUGA